AUGAAAUUGAACGUCAAUGGGAAGGUUGCUGUCAUCACCGGUGGCUCUAGAGGGCUCGGUCUGAACUGUGCUGAGGUGUUAGUGAAGAAUGGUGCGAAAUCUGUCUACAUCACGUCGAGAAAGCAACAAGCCGUGAAUGAAUCAGUGGAGUUUUUGAAAGGCGUUGCUAAGCAGUACAACCCUUCGUGCAAAGUUGUGGGUAUCGCCUCUGACGUUUCGAACGGUGAAGGUGUGAAGAAGUUUGCCCAACAGGUUGCCUCUCAGGAGGAUAAAGUUGACAUUCUGAUUGCCAACGCGGGUGCCUCCUGGGGUGCGCCUCUGAUGAAGCACCCUGAAUCGGCCUUUGAUAAAGUGAUGGACUUGAACGUGAAGGGCGUAUUCUUGACAAUCCAAGCGUUUUAUCCGCUGUUGAAGAAAGCUGGUACCGUUGACUACUCCUCGAGAGUACUGAUUAUGGGAUCAAUCACCGGAAUCAAGCCAGACGCAAUGGAUGGUGGCACCUAUGGCUACACCGCUUCCAAGGCCGGUGUAAUGCACCUCGGUAAAUGCCUUGCCUUGGAAUUGGGACCUCAGAACAUCAACGUCAACCUACUGGCACCUGGGUUCUUCCCGACGAAGAUGUCCAACGGGCUGCUGGAGAAGAUUGGCGACACAUUUGUACAGAACAACCCGAAGAAGAGACUCGGUAGACAGGAAGACAUCGAGAGCGUCGUCCUGUUCUUCUGCGCGAAGGAGUCGGACUAUAUCAACGGGGCAGUGAUUCCAAUCGAUGGAGGAGCACACGUGGGAGAUGCUCCAAAGUCUUCAAAACUGUAG